AUGUAUCACAAUUUCCAUUUCGGUCAUUCAUCAAAAGUUACCAAACAUUGUAAUUCUAAUGAAAGCAGACCGAUUUCUCAACAGGAGCUCGAGAUUUCGCCGCUUUCGAUGGAAUUGGUGCCCAUUUCCAGCGAAUCCCAUUUCGAUCGCGUCAUCGCCGAGGCUCAACAUCUCGAUGAAUCCGUCGUCAUUUUAUGGAUGGCGAGCUGGUGCAGGAAGUGCAUCUUUUUGAAGCCAAAACUCGAAAAACUAGCAGCCGAUUAUCAUCCAAGAGUAAGAUUCUACUCAGUGGAUGUCAACAGUGUUCCACAUAAGCUCGUUGUUCGUGCUGAAGUCACCAAGAUGCCCACGAUACAGCUAUGGAGAGAUGGCAAGAAGCAGGCAGAGGUGAUCGGAGGCCAUCAUAAAGCUUAUUUGGUAGUAAACGAGGUUCGAGAAAUUAUAGAAAAUGAAAUUAGUUUGUAAAACAAAAAUCGGAGAUUAUUGACAGAUUCACCGGUGGCAUAGAUCUCCAAUGAAGGCCGCCACAAGUUUGACGAUGAACUCUAUACCGAUAGAUAUUUUGAAAUUACCUACGGAUUUUUCCAUCACGGUAAAUCCCGAUUUUUUGUAGUGCCGUCUCUUUUUGUAUAAUCUUGAAUUAGUUGUAUUCAGUUCGGCUCAAUUCGAUUCAAUACAAUUUAUGCAAUUAUGUGUCA